CGGACGUCGUCGUCCCAUUCGCUCUGGAAUGGAAGCUCUUUGGACGAUGCGAUGCUGGCCGGCGGCGAGGCCCCCUCUCCGUCUUCUCCGCGGCGGAGGUACGUUUUCCCGGCGAUCGUCGGUGGCAAUCCAUGGCGGAUUGACUAGAAAGAGGGCAUACGAUGGGCUGCUGGUGGACGCUGGCGGGACUCUGCUGCAGCUCUCGCGGCCCGUCGAGGAAACCUAUGCAUCGAUUGGAAGGAAAUACGGGUUGAAGGCAACGGAGAGUGAGAUAAAGCAGGGGUUUAGGAGGGCAUUCGCUGCCUCAUGGCCUGAAAAGCUCCGUUACCAGGGUGAUGGACGGCCUUUUUGGAGACUUAUAGUAUCAGAAGCAACAGGUUGCAACAAAAAUGACUAUUUUGAAGAACUAUAUGAGCAUUUUGCAAAGGGUGAUGCAUGGCGGCUACCAGCUGGUGCUUACAGAUCACUGUGCCUUCUGAAGGAUGCUGGAGUUAAGUUGGCAGUUGUGUCAAAUUUUGAUACCCGCUUACAAAAGCUACUUAAGGACCUAAAUGUUGCACAUCUGUUUGAUGCCGUAAUUGUGUCUUCAGAGAUUGGAUAUGAGAAGCCGGCCCCAGAAAUCUUCAAAGCUGCUCUAGAUCAAAUAGGCGUGGAGGCCGCUAAAGCAGUUCAUGUUGGAGAUGAUGAGAGGGCUGAUAAGAAUGGUGCUAAUGCUAUUGGAAUUGAUUGUUGGCUUUGGGGAUCUGAUGUGAAAACAUUUGCCAAUGUAUGUGAAAGAAUACUCAUAGAUGAUUCGAAGUGAAGAUAAAUCAACCUUAAAUCUACACUGUCCCAUCUUAUUUAAGGCACUGCCUGAAGAACUCCAAAAAUCGCUGACAUUGUUUGCAAGUGAACCAUGAAUUCCAUUCAAAGUUACAGAUUUCCUGCUAAACUUUUGUAUGCGCACUCAUUCAUUUUUUUUAAUACAACUGAAUUUUCUUGUUGUGAGAAAUGUAAGAAGAGAUUGGUCGGUUUAGCUUUCACAUUAUAAAAAUUAUAAAAUGUUUGAGCAGGAUGUAUUGUAACAUUUGAAAUGCUUGUAAAAUAAAUAAAUAAAUAAACAAACCAAGAAAAGGGCACGGGCACACACAAAAUUUGUUCCCAACCCGUCUGAAA